CACUGUGUGUGGGGGCACCUCUUCUCUUUCGGACAAUUUGCUUUCUGACAUCACUGGUUCCGUCCCAACACGGAAAUAUGGAAUAGGUAUAAGAAUGUGGACGAUGCUGUUGUCGUUGUAAGCAGAACUCUAUCUUUUCAUGUAUCUAUUACAGACUCCUGCGGAGCUCUUAAAAAAGAGCAUUAGCGAUUUAUAGGAGUCAGCUGUCGCGGUCUUCAUCACAGAUGGGUGCGCGUUGGAAAUUGAAAGAGUUUGACCUCUGUUAAUAGUUCUAAAGGCGCGUAAGUCUGUUGUCAAGUGCCAUGAAAGAGUCUGUUUUGGGGGCGACAAGGGCUGUGGGACGCCUGCUGAUCACCCUUCUCCUGCUGUCCUGGGACGGGACCUUGUUUCAGGUGGGAGGUGGGAGCUCAGUCACCCUUCCAGAGUCUUUGCUGUUCGUCUCCACCCUGGACGGCAGCCUGCACGCCGUCUCCAAGCAGUCUGGGGACAUCAAAUGGACCCUCAGAGAAGACCCCAUCAUUCAAGUCCCAAUCUACCUUCAGGAGCCAGGGUUCCUCCCCGAUCCCAGCGACGGCAGUCUGUACGUUCUGGAAGGCAAGCACAAGGAGGGCCUGAUGAAGCUGCCUUUCACCAUCCCAGAGCUGGUCCAGUCAGCCCCCUGCAAGAGCUCGGAUGGCAUUCUCUAUACGGGGAAGAAGCAGGAUGUGUGGUUUGUGGUGGAUCCUGAAACGGGGGAAAAGCAGACAAGCCUAACCACCUCCUCCUCCGAAUCCAUCUGUCCGAACACACCUCUUCUUUACAUAGGACGCACAGAAUACAUGAUCACCAUGUUUGACACCAAGACCCAGGAGCUACGGUGGAACGCCACGUACAACGACUACUCGGCGCCCCCCUAUGACGAGAAACAGGACUACAGGAUGGCUCAUCUUGUAUCCAGUGGUGAUGGUCUGGUGGUUACAGUGGACAGAGAAACAGGUGACGUCCUGUGGAGUCAGAACUACGGUUCCCCCGUGGUGGGGGUCUAUCUGUACUCGGGGGAGUCGCUGAGACACGCCCCCCACCUGUCCCUGGCCCUGGAGACGCUGCGCUACCUCACCUUCGCCUCGGCCAGCGACCAGGCGGACUCCCCCUCCACGCUGAAGUGGAGCUACCAGUUUGUGAAGGAGCAGGCCACUGCCCAGGCACAGCUUGUGCCUACCCUCUAUGUGGGCAAACUGGACUCCCGCCUGUAUGCAUCCACCUCAUUGGUCCAUCACGGAGUCCCCCUAGUGCCUCGGGGCCUGACCCUAGCCCGCAUCGAGGGUCCCAUCACGGCCGGCGUGACGCUGCGACAGAAAGGGGAGUGUGAGAGCAUGCCGUCCACCGACGUGCGCUAUCCCCACGGCAGCACCAACAGCCGGAACAACCACUGGCUGCUGAUAGGGCAUCACGAGCUCCCUCCGUUGGCUCACACCACCAUGCUGAGGGAGUUCCCCGUCAGCCUCCAGCGCUCCAGAGAGCCCUUCAUCCCCCCCCGGACCCCCGCCGCCUCCCACUACAACCAGCACUAUUUCGAGACUGCAUCUCAGGGCCAGGGUGAAGGGGACCAUGACGAUGAAGAGAAUGGGGUACGCACGCACGGGACGAAGGGGGUCCGGGGCAAACGGCCCUCCAGAAUUCUGCCCUCCUCCCUGUCCCAGGACCCCCUGACGCUGGCAGUCCUCACCCUGCUGGUGGGGGGCUGGCUGGCCUUCGCUCUCACCUACCCCUCGCGUGCUGCCAAAGUUCAAAAGGUUCAAAGGCCGGGAGGCGACACGGAAACCUCAGAACCACUGAGAGACGACAGCCAGACGAAUACACACUCCUCUCCUCCCACCCUCUCUAACUCCAGUAGCGAAUUCAAGGCAGCGUCUACUGAAUCUCUACCUGAGUCUCUGAUAAGCAGCAAUUCAGAUGCAGACAGCAGAAGCAGAACCACUGGACUUCCACAAACAACUGAAGUGGAAGGAGAUGAGGUCAACGUGGGGAAGAUGACCUUCAAGCCAUCUGAGGUUCUGGGACAUGGUUCAGCAGGAACCUUCGUCUUCAGGGGCCAUUUUGACGGCCGGCAAGUGGCCGUGAAGCGCAUCCUGCCCGAGUGCUUCGAGGUGGCGGAGCGCGAAGUGCAGCUAUUAAGGGAGUCGGACACGCACCCCAACGUCAUCCGCUACUUCUGCACUGAGAGGGACCGGCUUUUCACCUACAUCGCCAUCGAGCUGUGCGCUGCCACUCUGCAACAGUAUGUGGAAGACCCAACCGGCUUCCCUGGGCUGAGUGCAGUGACUCUACUGGAGCAGACCAUGUGUGGCCUCUCUCACCUUCACUCUCUCAACAUAGUCCACCGGGAUCUGAAGCCGAGGAACAUCCUGAUCUCGGGUCCCGGGCCGCUGGGCCGGGUCCGGGCCCUCAUCUCAGACUUUGGGCUGUGCAAGAAGAUGCUGGACGGUCGCUGCAGCUUCUCCAUGCGCUCAGGGAUCCCCGGGACUGAGGGAUGGAUCGCCCCCGAGGUGCUGCGAGAAGCUCCCGGAAACAACCCGACAGCAGCGGUGGAUGUGUUCUCAGCCGGCUGUGUCUUCUAUUAUGUGGUCAGCAGGGGGCAGCACCCCUUUGGCGAUGCACUGAGGCGUCAGGUCAACAUCCUGGCAGGAGAAUACACACUCUCACACUUCAUGGAGGAUAUGCAUGAUGAUGUCAUAGCUCGGGAUCUGAUCGAGCGAAUGAUAAGUGCAGCGCCGGAGUCCCGCCCCUCGACUUCCUGUGUGCUCAAACAUCCCUUCUUUUGGAUUCCUGAGAAGCAGCUACUGUUCUUCCAGGACGUGAGUGACCGUAUAGAGAAGGAACCAGGGGAGGGGGCUAUUGUGGUGAGGCUAGAGACCGCGGGCAGAGCGGUGGUUCGAACCAACUGGAGGAUGCACAUCUCUGUGCCUUUGCAGACGGAUCUGAGAAAGUUCCGGACCUAUAAGGGGAACUCGGUCAGAGACCUUCUGAGGGCCAUGAGGAAUAAGAAGCACCACUAUCACGAGCUGCCCAAGGAGGUACAGGAGACCCUAGGCGAGGUUCCAGAAGGAUUUGUCGGUUACUUCACCUCGCGGUUUCCACGGUUACUGCUCCACACCCACAAUGCUUUGCACAUCUGCGCCCAUGAAAGACUAUUCCACCCUUACUAUUUGGCUCCUAUUGCCAAAUAGCAUUCACUAAUGGCCCCGGGCACAGUUUGAGUUUUACACUUCCUUGAAUGUUUUUGUACUACCAGAGGUUACAUGCGCAGUAUGUGUUUUAUUUUAACAAUCCUUGGAUUUUCAGAGAGUGAUUAAGGACUGGUGGGGGGAAAACCCACAUUGCACAUCAGGUAUGUUUUGGAAAUGAAGUUGAAAUUCCUCUGAUUCCAAGAGCACUCCACCAAGGGCUGAAUUUUAUAGCGGCUAUCCAUUUUAUACAUUUGAGGUAUUUGCCCUUUUUACCCCUGACAAUAGUACUUUCUCUAAGGAAAAGACCUCUCUCAAACAGAGGGCAAAUGUGUCACGGUAUUGCCGACAUCAAACACGCUUUUAAUUUGAAAUAUUUCAGACGCAAAGUGUAUUGGGUGAUUUGCAUCUGCAUGGUAUUUGCGGCUCCACUUGUAUUGAAUGUAUUUUCAUUGUUAUUUUGGGGGCUCUUUGGUUACUGAUGGUAGUUGUUACACACUGACCGAACCACAUGAAAAGACAAUUUUUUUUAUCAAUGACAAUAGGUUGAUGUUGUUUUUCUUACACUGAUGCCAGAGAAUGAGGGGAAUAGAAAUCUAUUGUUAUAUUUUGUGAUACCAACCAAUUUUUUAUUAAUGCUAAGCUUUAUACUCCAAAGUUUUAUGUACAUAGCUGUUACUAGUUGAUGUGAGCCUAUGUAGACCUAUGAAAAGCCCUUUUGAUGAGAACUCAUCUGCACUGUACCGGUCCUAGGAAGGUGUCGAAUUUACGAAUGAAUGAAUGUGUCAUUUACUAGGGGUGGGAAUCUCUUGGCACCUCACGAUUCGAUUCGAUUCCGAUUAUGAGGUCAACGAUUCGAUUCUGAAGCAAUUAUCGAUGCAACAAUUUUUUUUAUGUACAUUUCCAUGCGUGAUUUUCAAAAAUAUAUACAUACGUCUGGGUUUGCUACUCAGAGUUUGCUAAUCACUUCCUACUUUUGUGAUGAUCAUUAAAGACAUCAACAGAUGAAUUAACUUAUCUAAUAUUUCACAAGAGAGAAAGCUUUUGUCACAAAUAUGACUUUCAAUGAACAAUGCAAUAAUCAAUGCAGCUUGCAUUAUAACACAUUAUGGAAGCAUGCAAAAAAAUAGGUUUCAGUUUUAUUUUCUUUCUAAUCUUUCUUUUCUAUGUCAUUAAAGGAAAAGCUGCUCUUGAAUCAGAAUGAGUUCGAUUGGCCAAUAGACACUGAAGAUAAAUUCAAUGAUUUUAAAAUUACAAAAAUUAUCCCUCUCUGGCAAACAGAAUGUUGCAGCAGGAAAAAAAAAAAUUAAUAAUAAUAAUAUCUGCAUCGAGACAGAAUCGUUCUAGCGAGAAUCGCGAUGCAUCGAAGAAUCGAUUCUUUUUCCCACCCCUAUCAUUUACACAGUUCUAUAAACACAUUUUUUGGAGUGAAUAAAUUGAUGCUCUAAUGAA